GGAAGUAAAACUCUUUACAUCCAUGGUAGAGUUACAGAGCGGUUUUUGAGUGAUUAUAAGCAGAAAUUUUAUACUCUUGCUGCUGUUCUCUGAGGAGUUUAGUACCGUCGAAUAAAACGUUUUUAAACUUCCAGGUAUCCCAUCUCGACAUGGAACGUGCAGGUGGAAACACGUUUUUAAUAACUGGAGGAUGCGGCUAUUUUGGUUAUCGUCUUGCUUGCUCUUUACAUAAAACUGGAGCCAAGAUCCUCCUCUUUGAUGCCAUGCCUCCGAGCCAAGAGCUUCCUGAAGACAUCGUGUUUGUCCAAGGUGACGUGCGUGAAUACGGACAGGUUGAGAAGGCGGUCACCGGGGUGGACUGUGUGUUCCACAUCGCCUCUUAUGGCAUGUCCGGUAGGGAGCAGCUGAACAGACAUUUGAUCGAGGCGGUCAAUGUUCAAGGCACGCAGAACGUCCUGAGGGCUUGUGUGGAGCACGGGGUGUCCAGGCUGGUUUACACCAGCACGUUCAACGUGGUGUUUGGAGGCCAGGUAAUAGAGAACGGGGACGAACGGCUCCCGUAUCUUCCCCUCCACCUUCACCCGGACCACUACUCCAGAACCAAGUCCAUAGCUGAGAUGGCAGUGCUGAAGGCCAAUGGCAGUGCGCUGACGGCCGGCCCCGGGGUGCUGAGGACGUGUGCGCUGCGCCCCGCUGGUAUCUACGGCCCUGGAGAGCAGAGGCACCUGCCCAGGAUAGUCGGCUACAUCGAGAGGGGCGUCUUCAGGUUCGUUUACGGGAAUCCCAGCAGCCUGGUGGAGUUCGUCCACGUGGACAACCUGGUGUCGGCACACGAGCUCGCUGCAGAGGCCCUGACUGCUGAGAAGCAGCACCGCUCUGCGGGCCAGGCCUACUUCAUCUCAGACGGGAAGCCCGUCAAUAACUUUGAAUUUUUCAGACCUCUCGUCGAAGGUUUGGGCUACCCCUUUCCCAAAGUGCGCCUGCCCAUCUCUCUGGUUUACUUCUUUGCCUUCCUCACAGAAAUGAUCCACCACUUCGUAGGCCCCGUCUACAACUUCCAGCCCCUGCUGACGCGCACAGAGGUGUACAAAACUGGAGUCACACACUACUUCAGCAUGGCAAAAGCCAGGGUGGAGCUGGGAUAUGAGCCGCAGGAGUACAACCUGGAGGAGGUGGUAGCGUGGUUCAGAGGCCGAGGACAUGGAAAGAAAUGUCAGCGAUCUUCUAUCGGUAGACUGCUACUUGACGUCCUCUUUGUUUGUGCCGCCGUGGCCGUGGCUCUCUCUUUUCUUCCUGUGGUUGGAAGCUGAUGAAAGGAUAAAGAAUCACCGUGGAGUCAUAUAUGCUGAAUAAGACAGAAGAAUGAUUAGAUACUUUGAUAUGUUUACAUCUGGAUUGCAAUUAUGGUCCAAGACGUUCAAAAUGUGCAUUUUUAACUUAGACAUUCUGCGUAUUUUCCAUUUAACGGUUCAACAAAUGCUACCUCUUUU